CACGGCAGGGUGGCCACACGGCGGGACACACUCCGCCAUAUUCCACCGAGAAGUUUACGAAGCAAGUCCCCGGACUGCUGGCACAAACUCGGACGUUUGUGCCCGUCCUCUCCCCUGCCAGCACCCGAGCACAGGGCUGCGGCAGGUGAAUCCCCCUCCGGGGAAGCAGUGCUCCCCGCCGCCAGGCGCCCAGGAAGUCCCCCUGCUGCGAAACCCUUAGAGCGCUCGCGCUGUCUCUCUGCAGACCUGUGUCAGCGGGCGGACAGAGCAGUGCUGGUCCCGUGCCGCCGGUGGGCUUUGCCCGGGCUCCAGCAGCGCCCCGCCGCCGCCGUCCCGCUGAGCGCCGCGCCGCCUGCCCGCCUCUAUGCCGCGGCCGCCAAAAAUGUAAAAAGAGGUUCUCAAAAGGCCAAGCAGGAAGAAGCCCAAAAGAAAAAAGGACGUGGCAGGCGGCCGCUGUUGAGCAAGCCCGUGGAUGAUGUGUACUUGACGUGGUAUUAUGAACGACCAUCCUACAAUGUAGAAGAAGCUGUGGGUAUGUUAAAGAAAUUUCAGGAACUGGACUUCACCUACCCAAAACAGUUUGUGUAUAUUAAUGUGACCCUAGAUAUGGAACUACAGAAGAAGAAAAAAGUGGAUCAAUUUGCAAGCACUGUUCUUCUUCCACAUCGCUUUACAGAUGAAACGAAUAAGGUCUUGGUUUUCACAGAGAAUGAGCAAGAAGCUGAAAUAGCUCGAGAGAAUGGAGCUUCUGUUGUGGGAGGCGUUGAAUUAAUCAAAUGGAUUUUGGAAGAUGAAAUUCAAGUGGAUUUUUAUGUAGCUGUUCCUGCAAUAAUGCCUAAACUGAUACCAUUAAGGAGCAAGCUAAAACGAAAAUACCCCAGCACAAAAAGAAAUUCCCUGGGCCACGAUAUUCCUAAAAUGCUGCAGUUCUUCAGAGAAGGUCUCGAGUACAUGGUACAAGACGAGUGUCUAAUCAAGACAAGGAUAGCAAGACUGGAUAUGCCUACUGAGCAGAUAGUUGCCAAUCUAAAAACAAUUAUUGAGGAUAUCUGCAAGUUCAAACCAUCAAGUUAUGGUCCCUUUGUGAAGAAGCUGGUUAUUAGAUCUUCAACCAGUGAGGGCUUGCUGUUGAAACUUGAUGGACUUCUCCCUGAGGCAGAGAAAGCAGAAGAAGAAGAAGAAGAAACUGCAGAAGAUGAUGAAGAAAAACCUGUCCAAGAAUCUGUUAGUACCUGAUGCUUCUACUUGUAGAUGUGAUGAUCAAGUUUGGAAGGCAAAUAGUGUCAUUCAAAUCAUAUUAUGUAAAAAGAAAAAAAAUAAAUAAAUCAGCAACUUGUUUUUUAAAAUUGUGUAACAAGAAAUUGUCAGAAAUGGAACUCUGUUUUCAAAACUGAA